UCAUGUUUAAUCAAAUUCUCUCUAUCAAUGGAGUAAAUGCAUUUUGACUUUUAAAAAAAAAGCUGACACGACACAGAGAAAAAAUAACUUUGGUUUCUCCGUCUUUGUUGGAGCAAUGCCUUCUCUCUCUCUCAAAUGAAUGCUCUUCAGAUGCUCUGUCCCUUGUUGUCUCAGAUUCGAAUUAUCUAACUUUCCUCUCAUGGCAUCCUCUAUCUCUCAUGAUCCUUCUUCCUCCACGUCUCUCUUUAAUCUCCAAUCCCAACAAUCGAUCUUCGGUUACAAGGACAAAGUAAACGACUUUGAGAAAACUCAGUUGAGGGUUCCCGCUUCUUUCAGGGAAAAAGCUGCCAACUUGCAAAUGAUGGCGUCAGGAAAGACACCUGGAUUGACUCAGGAAGCUAAUGACUGCACUUAUGAGGCUAAAAUUGAUAGAGAUAAUGUGUUUGACGACAUGAAACAGCGGUUCCUCGCCUUCAAGAAGCUUAAGUACAUGGAUAACUUAGAACACUUCGAAAAACUAGCAGAUGCUCAAGCUCCAAAGUUUCUGGUGAUUGCUUGUGCAGACUCUAGGGUUUGUCCUUCAGCCGUCCUGGGAUUUCAACCUGGUGAAGCAUUCACUGUUCGUAACAUUGCAAAUUUAGUACCUCCAUAUGAGUCUGGACCUACUGAGACAAAAGCUGCUCUCCAGUUCUCUGUGAAUACUCUUGAAGUGGAGAACAUCUUAGUGAUUGGUCAUAGCCGCUGUGGUGGAAUUCAAGCUUUAAUGGGCAUGGAAGAAGUAGAUUCCAGAAGUUUCAUACAUAACUGGGUAAUCGUGGGGAAAAAGGCAAAGGAAAGCACAAAAGCUGUUGCUUCAAACCUCCAUUUUGAUCAUCAGUGUCAACAUUGUGAAAAGACGUCAAUUAAUCAUUCAUUAGAAAGACUGCUUGGUUAUCCGUGGAUAGAAGAGAAAGUGCGGAAAGGAUCACUGUCCCUCCAUGGUGGGUACUAUGAUUUUGUGAACUGUACAUUUGAGAAAUGGACCGUUGAUUAUGGAGGAAGCAGAGGCAAUCAUGAAGGCAGUGGGAUUGCUGUUAAAAACCGGUCUUUUUGGUGAUUGACUAAUGACCAUCUAUCUCCAUCUUCAUAGUCUAAUGACUCCUUUCUUAAAAUGGGAUCGUCUCUGUGUUUAAGUUGUUGCAGUUUUGUGUUGAGAAGUUCAUUUCGUGUUCUACGUCUCAAUUGAGUUUAAAACUUUGGGAGAUCCCCCCAAGGACUUACGUUGGUUUCAUCAUUUAUAUGGCUUGUGAAUUCAUGUUUCUUCAUUUUUGUCUAUUGUAGUGGGAUCAGAGGCAUACAGUCAAUACUCAACAGUUAUUAUAUAGUUACAUUUUAUCAUUUA